AUGGCUGGAGAGAACUACUGGAGGAGAGCGGCGGACACGCACAAGGUGAGGGUGGGCGACACGGCCGACGCCUGGAGGCGGCCGAGCGGCAAGAGCUUCCCGUACAACACGACCACCAUGCUCGUCGGCGGCUUGCUCCUGGUCUCCGCCGUUGGACUCUACACGGUCUAUGCCAACCGGAGGCACAAGGCUCGCGAAGUGGUGAGGGUGGCUGAUCGUGUCGCCGAGAGGCCGCCGCCUCCGCCACCACCGCCGCCGGCUGAUGCUCACCCACGAAAGUGA